AUGGUGGAAGAAAUAAGGGCAUACAUGAUGGAUAGAUAUGCAUCUAAUGGGAUGAGGUUUCAAGAUAUGACAGAUGUUGAAGUGUUACCAAACAUUAGGAGAAAAAUUGAAAAAACAAGCACACACACAAACUUGUGGCUUGUCAUGAUGUUUGAUGAGCAUAUCUUUGAAGUGGGGCACCUUGAAAACCCAGCAGACAAGUUUUCAGUAAAUUUGAAGGAACACCUUUGUUCAUGCAUAAGAUGGGAGCUGACAGGUCUACCUUGUCUUCAUGCACUUUCAGCUAUGAAGAGUAUGAACCAUAAGGUUGAUGACUACAUCCCACAUUAUUACAGGAAAUCAAGAUAUAUAGAAGUGUACAAACAUGUGAUUUUUCUUGUCAAUGACUCAAAUAUGUGGGUAAAAACAGAGUAUCCUGAUGUGCAACCACCUAAGUAUAGAAAAAUGCCUGGAAGGCUAAAAAAGACGUGGAAUCUAAAGCAAUGGGAGAUUGAUGGCUUUGAUCGAAAAAUGAGAAGGACUUGUUUCAUUAUUAAGUGUAGUAGAUGUAAGAAACCAGGUCAUAACAAGCUUACUUGCAAGGUGACACCAGCUAGUCAACAAGCACCUACUCAAGAAUUCUAA